AUGGACCUCCCUGUAUUCUGCAAACUCGAGCUACACAACGUCAACGACGAAGUGUUUGAUCGAGACGCCAAUGCCCAAUAUUUGGUUGAUGAGGAAUUUCCGGUCGUCAAGCGCAGACGUCGUGCCUCGGAGAGAGUACGACUUGCGCGUGAAGGCACUCCCGUCCCAAAAAGUCGCACCAUACAGCUACGACUCGACCCUGCGUCCAUGAGGGAUGUCGAUGUCGGCCACGUCUUUGGGAGUGCGGCCGAGUACUGCGAUGUACUACUAAACACUACCAACGGGAACGGAAUAAGCGGCAUGCAUUUUCGCGUGCAGCUUGACUACGCUUGCAUUGAGCCCGAGAGACUUCUGAUUAGGAACAUCUCACGUGCGAAUGAGCUCUUUGUGAAUGCUGUACCCUACCGGAGCGAUGAGUACAAAUGGCUUUCACCUGGCUCGAAAACUGUACUGAGGCAUAGAAUAAGCUACUCGAAGCCCGCAAAAGGCUUCAUGGACCUGUCAGAUUCCAAGCUCCCACGAUUGACAGCGAAACCAGGGAAUAAGACGCCGACUUUCUACUGCACCGUAUCUGACGCUUAUGAAGCUAGUUUGACCUUUCUAAAGGCCAAUCUCUGCAAGGACGAGCUCACAACUAAUGUGCAGACUAGUCCAGUCGACUGGACGUCCAUAUUUGCCCCCAAGAUCAUUCAUAACAUCCUGGGCGAACACAUAGAACUUGCCCAAGUUGCUGGCGCGCUGGGAUACAAGCACGCAGCGCUCUUUACCACACGUGUGAACCCUUUCGAAUUCCACGAACUUUCGUACCCUGCGCAAAGACGUGACGACUUAUAA